AUGGAGCGCACCGGCGGUGACCAGGGCAGGGCAACGCACCACCAGCAUGGAAGGUGGCAAGCAAGAAUAGGAAGAGUUGCAGGAAACAAGGAUCUGUAUUUAGGCACAUUCAGUACCCAGGAAGAAGCCGCUGAGGCUUAUGACAUCGCUGCAAUCAAAUUCAGAGGCCUCAAUGCCGUCACAAACUUUGACAUGAGCCGGUACGACGUCAAGAGCAUUAUCGAGAGCAGCUCCCUGCCAGUUGGCAGCACCACGAAGCGUCCAAAGGAUGGAACCGAUCAAUCUGACAUAGAUGUGAACGGCAAUUGUGCUGAGGUUGCCGGACCGAUGACUGCUACAAACCAGCUCACUGAUGGCAUUGGCAGCUCUGGUCCCGAGCACUGUGGUUACAGUGGCUGGUCGCCGGCUGCCAUGGUGCCAAUUUCCUUGCAAUAUAGCAAAGGCCGUGGCCACUCCAAGCUGUGGUGCAAGGAAGAGCUGGAUGGUGCCUCCGCUGCCAUGCCAUCGCAAGUCCAGGAUGUGGCAGGUGCGGUUGAUGUUCCAUCCUUGUCAGUUGACACCAAUUCAUUGUUGUAUGAUAGGGGCAUUGGUUACCACGGAACCAUGGGGUUUGGCUAUGCCAUGCCGGUUGCCACACUAGUGGACGGCAAUCUUGCAGCCAGUGGCUAUGGCGUUGAGGAUGACACAACGUCUGAGCGCUACGGUGGUCGUGGGAACUUGUAUUAUCUCUCCCAAGAUUUACCAGUCACCAAUUCUGGAAAGGCGGAUUCUUAUGAGCAUGGAGUAGGGAGUGAAAGCUGGCUUCCGUCAAAUUUGCCGGUUAUAUUGCAGAAGGCUGCCAAUGUGACGGUUUGCCAUGAUACACCUGUGUUCUCUCAGUUUGGAAAUGAUGUUUCAUGGAAAUCUAGUUUUAGGUCUUCAAGUAGUUAUAUUAACAGUUCCUUGGAACACAAGAACUAG